AUGACGGCCAUGGAGCUCUUCUCCGAGACGCAGCUCUCCGAGCCGCCCUUCAGCCAGGCGCACAUGUUCGAGGGCCUUUCAGCCGAGCAGAAGCAGGGCAUCAUCCGGGACUUAGACGAGCUCGACGGAAAGCUUCCCGGAGGAGGCCUCAAGGGCUACCUCGAGCGCGCACGGACACUCCUGGCGGAUGCCAAGUCUGGAAAGAACCCUUUCGAGGGGCUGAAGCCGGAGGUCCCGAGUGGCGAGGCAUGGAACAGCUCAGCAAGACAUGCUUUUGCCUUGUGGCCGGUGGUCUUGGUGAGCGGUUAG